AUGUUUGGGAUGAUCUGCGACCAGCGAUUCCCCGAAUUGCACCAGGAACUCGCGACAAUGCUUAUCCCCAAGGACGACCGCAAGAAGAUCCACGAGUACCUCUUCCGCGAGGGUGUGCUCGUGGCCAAGAAGGACUUCAACCUUCCCAAGCACGGUGACAUUGAUACCAAGAACCUCUAUGUCAUCAAGGCUUGCCAGUCUCUGACCUCCCGUGGUUUCCUCAAGACCCAAUUCUCGUGGCAGUACUACUACUACACCCUCACCCCCGAGGGUCUUGACUACCUGCGCGAGUGGCUCCACCUCCCCGCUGAGGUUGUCCCCGCCACCCACAUCAAGCAGCAGCGCUCCCACAACCCUCCCCGCGGCAUGAUGGGCGGUGAGGACCGUGAGCAGCGUCGUCCCCGCGCUCCCCGUGAGGGUGGCUACCGCCGCCGCGAGGAGGGUGGCAAGGAGGGCGGUGCCCCCGGCGAGUUCGCUCCCUCUUUCCGUGGUGGCUUCGGCCGUGGCCGCGGUGCUGCCGCUCCCCAGUAA